CAUCAGACCCUCUAUUUUCUCCCAUUUUUUUGUACUCAAAGACCUCUUCUUCCUCCGCUAAGUUCUAUAUAUUUUUUUAGAUCAUGCAAAUUUCAUCUUGGCUUAUCAUCAUUCUGUACAUCAAUUUAAAUGAAACCAAGGUGAAGCUGCUCUAAACAUGGAGUACGGUGACAAAUUUAUGUCGAAUGAGCAUCAGGAACAACUUAGAGCUGCUUCAGAAAGUAUAGACCCUUUAUCGGUUUCCCCUUUACAAAUCUCGACAUCAAAAUCUCCAAAGUCCCCGAGAUCCCCAAAGUCUCCGAGGUCGCCUAAUGCUCAUCAUGGGAAACAUGGCACUGCCAAGCCUGGGAGUCCACUCAAGAAUGACAGGCAUUCGCAUUCUGGAAGAGACGGUCGUCCUAAGAAAGGUGGUUGUGGGGGGAAAGGAACCUGGGGCAGCAUGCUUGAUAUGAAUGAUGAACACCUUGACCCUAAUGACCCAAACUACAAUAGUGCUGAGGAUCAUGAUAAAAGAGGUGCAGCACAAUCAGACUCACCACUUGCAGAGUACAAAAAGAAGGCAACGGUGAUUGUGGAUGAGUAUUUUGCGACUGAUGAUGUUGUCUCAACUGCUAAUGAAUUGCGGGAACUUGGAAUGCCUAAUUAUAAUUAUUAUUUUGUUAAGAAGCUUGUGUCCAUGGCCAUGGAUAGGCAUGACAAAGAGAAAGAGAUGACUGCGAUUCUGUUAUCCUCGCUCUAUGCUGAUGUGAUUGAUCCCCCACAGGUUUACAAGGGAUUUAGUAAGCUAGUUGAAGCAGCAGAUGACUUGAUUGUAGAUAUUCCAGACACAGUUGAUGUUCUUGCAUUGUUUAUUGCCCGAGCUGUGGUAGAUGACAUACUUCCUCCUGCAUUUUUGAAGAAAAAAUUGGAGUCCUUACCCAAGGACUCUAAAGGAAUAGAUGUGAUUAAAAGAGCUGAUAAAGGAUAUUUAUCAGCCCCUCUUCAUGCAGAAAUCAUAGAGCGGCGUUGGGGUGGGAGCAAGAACAAAACUGUCGAAGAUGUGAAAGCUCAAAUUAACAAUCUCUUAGCAGAAUAUGUUGUUAGUGGUGACAAGAAAGAGGCAUGCAGAUGCAUCAAAGAAUUGAAUGUUCCUUUUUUCUACCAUGAAAUCGUUAAACGAGCUAUUAUAAUGGCAAUGGAAAGGCCCCAAGCUGAGGGACGUCUUCUGGAUCUAUUGAAUACUGCUGCUGAUGAAUGUUUAAUCAAUUCCAGUCAGAUAUCAAAAGGAUUUACUCGGAUUAUUGACACUGUUGAUGACUUGUCACUUGACAUACCCGAUGCAAGGGAGAAAUUGCAGAGUAUAAUUUCAAAAGCGGCAUCAGAAGGUUGGGUGUGUGCCUCAUCUUUGAAGUCAUUAUCAUCACCUUCUGCGAGGAAUUCAUUAGAAGAUAGUGCAGCCAAGGCUUUCAAGAUGAAGGCUCAGUCCAUUAUUCAGGAGUAUUUCCUUUCAAGCGAUAUUCAAGAGGUAAGUCGGUGUCUAGAUUCAAAGAAUAGUUUUUGUGCAGCAGAACUGAAUGCAAUGUUUGUUAAGAGGCUAAUAACGCUGGCAAUGGAUCGCAAGAACAGAGAAAAAGAGAUGGCUUCUGUCCUCUUAUCAUCGUUGUGUUUUCCAGCUGAUGAUGUCGUAAAUGGCUUUACUAUGUUGAUUGAAUCUGCUGAUGAUACUGCUUUAGAUAAUCCAGUUGUGGUAGAGGACCUAGCAAUGUUCUUAGCUAGGGCAGUGGUAGAUGAAGUCCUUGCUCCAUCACACUUAGAGGAGAUUAAGAGCCAGUGCUCAGGGACUGACUCAGGUGGGAACAAAGUACUGCAGAUGGCACAAUCAUUGCUCAAAGCCCGUCUCUCCGGAGAGCGGAUAUUGAGGUGUUGGGGUGGUGGUGGAAGGGCAAUUGAAGAUGUCAAAGACAAGAUUGGUAAGCUGUUGGAGGAGUACGAGUCUGGAGGGGAUAUUAAAGAAGCUUGUCGCUGCAUAAAGGAGUUGAAUAUGCCAUUUUUCAACCAUGAGGUUGUUAAGAAAUCACUAGUGGCAAUCAUAGAAAAGAAAAAUGACAGAUUGUGGGGUUUACUCAGACAGUGUUUUAGCACCGGCCUCAUAACAAUGAAUCAGAUGACCAAAGGCUUUGGCAGAUUAGCAGAAUCACUUGACGACUUAGCUUUGGACGUUCCUGAUGCUGAGAAAAAGUUUGCACAGUACGUUGAACGAGCCAAGGCUGAAGGCUGGUUGGAUUCAUCAGUGAGUUUCCAAAGAUCUGGACAUGUUGUAGAAAAUGGAGCUUUUUCAUAAUUUGCAAGGCAGGCUUUUCCCCUAAUGUGCGCUCUCCACAAAUAUUACCUUAUGCACGCGUGUAUCAGUUGUCAUUCUUUACAACUACAUUAGCUACAUCUCGAUCCAUGAUAUGCGUAGAUAGCUGUUGUUUUAUAGUAUGUUUUUUGUCAAGAUUGUUUCAUAACAUUUUAGAACACUUAAUGAUACUUAUUUAUUGUUUUUCA